GCGGGAGGGCUGCGAGCCUGAGAUCAAGCAGCUGGAGUGUGUUGUGGUAGCUGCUUUCCUGUGCUAAGCUGAUUUACUUGUUUAAGGUCUGACCUCAUCAUCCUGUCAGUAUGGGUUCCCACCUACACUGUUAGCGACAGCUUUCUGCUUCAGCUGGAAGGCUAGAAGUAUUCACAGUGUUCCAUAGGCAGCGGGGGAGGGGAGAGAAAGCAAGCAAGACUGCUCUCCGGGCACUUGUGCUUUUGUUAGUUCUACGAAGAGGCAGAGAAACAAGAGAUAACAAAGGCUCCGUUUCCUUUCUGUGAGAGAAGGCUUUUGUCUUGCCUCCUGCUACGAUGUCAGUGUCCGGCAAGAAAGAGUUUGAUGUGAAACAGAUCCUCAGGCUACGCUGGAGGUGGUUUAGUCAUCCUUCUCAAGGCUCGCCCAGCACUGGAAGCUGCCUUCAGCAGGAAGGAUAUGAGCAUAGAGGGACCCCGGUUCAGGGCAGGUUGAAGAACCACUCUCGGGACAGAAACGGACUAAAGAAAAGCAGCAGUCCUGUCCACCACAAUAUACUGGCACCAGUGCCAGGACCGGCUCCUGCCCAUCAAAGAGCCCUUCAGAAUUGGCACCACCAAAACCUGCUAGAACAUCUUCAAGCAAAUGAAGAUACUCCUAAAGCAGUUACAGGAGAGAAUUUGUUCAAAGAAGCUUAUGAAAAACGCUCACAAGAUUUGGAGAUGAUGGCUGAUGACAACAUAGAAGAUUCUUCAGCAAGAUUAGAUACUCAACAUCCUGAAGAAAUGAAUGUUUGCAGGUCUGAGGAGCAGUUCCACGCUGUAAACCAUGCACAGCAAACUCUUCGUAGAAUGGAGAACUACUUGAAAGAGAAACAACUUUGUGAUGUGCUACUCAUUGCUGGACACCUUCGAAUCCCAGCUCAUCGAUUGGUUCUCAGUGCAGUGUCUGAUUACUUUGCCGCAAUGUUUACUAAUGAUGUUCUUGAAGCCAAACAAGAGGAGGUCAAGAUGGAAGGAGUAGAUCCACAUGCACUUAAUUCCUUGGUGCAGUAUGCUUACACAGGUGUCCUGCAAUUGAAAGAAGAUACCAUUGAAAGUUUGCUGGCUGCAGCUUGUCUCCUGCAGCUGACACAAGUCAUUGAAGUCUGCUCCAAUUUCCUCAUAAAGCAGCUCCAUCCCUCCAACUGCUUAGGGAUUCGAUCAUUCGGAGAUGCCCAGGGUUGUACAGAGCUCCUGAAUGUGGCACAUAAGUACACCAUGGAACACUUCAUUGAGGUAAUAAAGAACCAGGAAUUCCUCCUACUUCCAGCCACUGAAAUUUCAAAACUUCUGUGUAGUGAUGACAUUAAUGUACCUGAUGAAGAAACCAUUUUCCACGCUCUAAUGCAGUGGGUAGGGCAUGAUGCGCAGACCAGGCAACGAGACCUGGCGAUGCUGCUUUCCUAUAUCCGACUGCCAUUACUUCCUCCACAGUUACUGGCAGAUCUUGAAAACAGUUCCAUGUUUAGUGGUGAUCUGGAGUGUCAGAAGCUCCUGAUGGAAGCUAUGAAAUAUCAUCUCUUACCUGAGAGAAGACCCAUGAUGCAAAGUCCUCGGACAAAACCUAGAAAAUCAACUGUAGGGGCCCUUUAUGCUGUGGGAGGCAUGGAUGCUUUAAAAGGUACCACUACAAUUGAAAAAUAUGACCUCAGGACCAACAGCUGGCUGCAUAUUGGCACCAUGAGUGGCCGCAGACUUCAGUUUGGAGUUGCAGUUAUUGAUAAUAAACUUUAUGUUGUGGGAGGAAGAGAUGGUUUAAAAACUUUAAAUACUGUGGAAUGUUUUAACCCAGUUGGCAAAAUCUGGACUGUGAUGCCUCCCAUGUCAACUCAUAGGCAUGGCUUAGGUGUAGCCACUCUUGAAGGACCAAUGUAUGCUGUAGGUGGUCAUGAUGGAUGGAGUUAUCUAAAUACUGUAGAAAGAUGGGAUCCUGAGGGACGCCAAUGGAAUUACGUGGCCAGUAUGUCAACGCCUAGAAGUACAGUUGGUGUUGUUGCAUUAAACAACAAAUUAUAUGCUAUCGGUGGACGUGAUGGAAGUUCCUGCCUCAAAUCAAUGGAAUACUUUGACCCACAUACCAACAAAUGGAGUCUGUGUGCUCCAAUGUCCAAAAGACGUGGAGGUGUGGGAGUUGCAACACACAAUGGAUUCUUAUAUGUUGUAGGAGGUCAUGAUGCCCCUGCUUCUAAUCACUGCUCCAGGCUUUCCGACUGCGUGGAAAGAUCCAGGUUCCUGUCCAUGCAUCCUGAGAGGCAGAAGAUGAUAGCCCAAGUACUUGGGCCCCUGCCACCCACAUGGGAGACCUGAAUCGAGUGCCUGGCUCCUGGAUUUACCCUUGCACAGCUCCAACUGUUGGGACCUGCAGAAGGAAACUCUCUCUCUCUCUCUCUCUCUCUCUCUCUCCCCCUCUACUUGUCUCUCUGCCUUUUAAACAGAUGAAGAAAUAAAUCUUUAAAAAUACUGAGACGAAAUGAUGAAAAGUAAGGCAGUUUUUUGCCAGGCUAUAUCACACAACCAAAUCACAGACUUAAAUCAAAAUAUGUUUACUAUUUCUAAAAUCAAGUCAGUCUUCAAAGAUGUGGAGACUUUUCUAUCCCAAAAUGCCAAAGAGAAGUUCCAAAAGCAUGUUAAUAAUAUUGUGAACAAUGACUUUGUUGCAGUAAAUAUUUUGUGAAGUAAUAUCUCAUUGGGGUUGUGAUUUGCUUUUACUUAGUGAGUAGAAAUGUUGAGUAUAUCAUCAGGUACUAUUGGACAGUGGUAUAUCUUCUUUUUUUGUGUUAUUCAUUUGUUUGAAAAGGAGAGAGACAGACAGACACACACACACACACACACACACAGAAAGUGCUCUUUUCUGCCAGUUCGCUCCUCAAAUGUCCCCAACAGCUGAAUUUGGGACAGGGCUGAAGCCUGGAGGUGAGAACUCAAUCCAGAUCUUCCAUGUGGGUGGCAGGGACCCACUACCUCAUCCAUCACCACUACCUCCCUACCUCCCAGGGUCUGCAUUAGCAGGAAAUUGGAGUCUGGAGCCAGAGAUAAGUAUGGAAUCUGUACUCUGAUUUGGAAUGCUGAUCUUUCAACCACUAGGCUAAAUGGCUAGUCACUCUACAUCUUCUUUAGAAAAAUUUCUGUUCAAGCUGUUUGCACAUUUUCAAAAAUUGGGAUGUUUGUCUUCUGUUGUUCAAUUAUAAGUUCUUUAUCUUUUACCAGAUAUAAAAAUCUCAUUCUAUGGGUUUCCUUUUCACUGUUAAAAAUUCCCUUUGAAGUACUAUUUCUAGAAAUUUUGGAAGUCUAUUUAAAAUAGUUUCUUACUGACUGUCUUUUUGGUGUUCUAUCCAAGGAAUAUUUGCCAAAUCUACUGUCAUGAAUCUUUUCACCUAUGUUUUCUUCUUGGAAUUUUAUAAUUUUGACUCUUAAGUUCACAUCUUUUAUUGAUUUGUGUUAAUUUUUUGUAUAUGAGUAAAGAUACAACUAUAUUCUUUUGCAAUUGAAUAUCCAAUUUUCCCUUAAACAUUUGUUGAAAAUACCCUGCUUUCCACAAUGAGUGGCAUUGACAAAAAUCAAUUGUCUGUGUUUGUGAGAGUUUAUUUCUGGGUUAUCUCUGUUCCAUUGUUAUUUUUUUAAGAUUUUUUUAUUUAUUUACUUAUUUAAAAUUUAUUUAUUUAUUUGAAAGACAGAGUUACAAAUAGGCAGAGGCAGAAAGAGAGUGAGAGAGAGCGAGAGGUCUUCCAUCCCCUGGUUCACUCCCCAAAUGACCGCAACAGCCAGAGCUGUGCCAAUCCAAAGCCAGGAGCCAGGAGCUUCCUCCAGGCCUCUCACAUGGGUGCAGGCGCCCAAGGACUUGGGCCAUCUUCCUCUGCUUUCCCAGGCCACAGCUGAGAGCUGGAUUGGAAGCGGAGCAGCCAGGACUCGAACCAGCACCCAUAUGGGAUGCUGGCACUGCAAGUGUUGGCUUUACCUACUAUGCCACAGCACCAGCCCCGUGUUCAGAAAUGUUUCUAAUUUCUUUUCUACUCUUGAAUCCUAGUUUCUUUCCAUUAUGACCUGAAAAGAGUACCUAGCAUGUUUUCAAUCUUUUUAAGUUUAUUAAAUACUUGUUUUACGGUAUAAUACUUUCUUCUGGAAAUAGUCCACAUUUUCUUGAGAAAAUUAUGUUCUGCUAUAGUAGAGUAGAUUUUUUUUGUGUGUGCAUAUGACCAGUUGGCCUAUAAUGUUCACUUUCUGUAGCAACUUAUUGAUAGUCUGGUCUCACUUUUCUAUCCAUUAUUUAAAGUGAAGAAUUGAAGCUUUCUACUAUUAUUAUAGAGUUUUCUGAUUCUUCCUGCAGUUCUGUUAAUGUCAGCUUCAUAUAUUUAGGAGCUCUGAUAGUUGGUUAAUAUGUUUAUAAUUACUAUAUUUUUGUGAAUUUACUCUUUUAUUAUUAUAUAACAUCUUUCUUUUAUCUUUUGUAACCAUUGUUGUUUUCAAGUCUGUUUUGCCUAAUAACUCACUAUCUUUUGACAGCUUCCCACAUUAAAUAUCUUUGUCUAGUCUUUCAUUUUUGAUCUAGGUAUGUCCUAAGAUCUAAAAUCUAAGAUAUUUUUUUUUGUAGACAAUUGGAUACUGUUUUAAAAAUCCAUUAUUCCAAGAUAUGUCUUCUGAUUGAGGAAUUUUAAUUCAUCUACCUUUAAAAUAACUAAUAACAGGGAAAAAUUUAC